AUGGAGCUGUAUAUCUGGAUCUGUUUUGGGCUGAUUGCCGUUUGGUGGUUCUUCUUGCGCCCUAGAAAGGGUGGUAAAGAUGCUCCUCCUUUGGUCACAGAAAGUUCUGUCGUCCCACUGCCAUUCAUCGGUGUUGUGUCUGAAUUCCUGAAGUCGCCCAAUGACAUGAUGAGACGAUGUUACAAUGAUUAUGGGAAGGUCUUCACAAUCCCUAUUUUUCAUAGACGCAUGACCUUCCUAAUUGGGCCGGAAGCCCAACAGCUCUUCUUCAAAGCGAAUGACGAUAUUUUGAGUCAAGACGAGCCAUACCACUUCAUGCAAUCGGUGUUUGGACCAAAUGUUGUGUACGAUGCUCCUAAACGUAAGCGCCAAGUUCAAUUUCAAACUAUGGCCAAUGGUUUGCGGACUUCUCGCAUGAAAACCUACGUUGCAAAGAUUCAAAAGGAAACUUUGCAGUACAUUGGAGAAAAAUGGAACAAGAAAACGGGCACCGUUGAUCUGUACAAGGCUCUCAGUGAACUAACUAUCUUGACCGCUUCAAGAUGCCUGCAUGGAGAUGAUGUUCGUGAACAUAUGUUUGCUGACUUGCAUUCCCUGUACCACGAUUUAGACGAAGGAUUGACUCCGCUCACAGUUCUAUGGAGUACUGCACCAACUCCAGAGCAUCGGCGACGCGAUAAAGCUCGUAAAGAACUGGUGAAAUUAUUCGGAAAGGUGAUCAAAGAGAGGCGUGAACACCCGGAGAGGAACGAUGGAUCAGAUAUUCUCAGUCUAUUCAUGGACAUGAAAUAUAAAGAUGGAAAACCAGCAACUGAUGAAGAAGUUACAGGUCUAUUGAUUGCUCUUCUAUUUGCUGGUCAACACACCUCUUGCACUACGAGCACUUGGACAAUGCUACUUUUAUUGCACAACCCAGCUGUUCUCGACCGUGUUUUGCAAGAGCAAGAAAAAAUUUUGGAUCCUAGAAAAGAGACCCUUGAACUGGAGGACAUUCAACAGAUGGAGCUUUUGCACAAUUCGAUGCGAGAAGCGUUGCGUAUGUGUCCAACGUUCAUCAUGUUGCUUCGUAAGGUCAUGAAGGAAACAAGAAUUACUGUCGACAACAAAACAUUCACAAUUCCGAAGGAUGAUAUUGUAGUAGUUUCUCCUACAGUUUCUAUGAGACUUGAAUCGACUUUCAAGAAUGCAGACCAGUUUGAGCCAGAUCGCUUUGCGGCACCUCGAGAAGAGCACAAACAACCCUAUGCGUAUCUUGGAUUUGGGGGUGGUAUGCAUUCCUGCAUGGGACAGGUGUUUGCUUUUGUGCAAGUGAAGACCAUUCUAUCUGUCAUUUUGAAGCACUAUACUCUUACACCAGAGUCUUCGAAGCUGCCUUCCAUUGGCUACAACGACAUGGUGGUAGGCCCACGUGGAAACUGUAAUGUGCAAUAUGAAAAGAAACUCUAA